AUGGAGCAAAUAGAAUCUGUGAAGAAGAUGAUCGAUAACCUCCGUUCCGAAGACCCAGAGCUUCGCCUUAGUAGUAUGCGGGGCAUCCAUCUCAUCGCUGCCACUCUUGGACCGGAACGCACUCGUGACGAACUCUUGCUCUAUUUGACAGACUACCUAGAUGACAACGACGACGUUCUACGUGUGUUUGCAAACGCUCUGGGGACUAUGCUUCCCGAGGUCGGUGGCGUGGCCUACAUCACCUCUCUCCUUAAUCCACUUGAGAUACUCUGUAGUUUAGAUGAGGUUACUGUGCGUGAUGAGAUUGUUGCGUCGUUGGAACACAUUGGUGAGAAUAUUUUUCGUGGUACAAGCAGCAAGGUUGAGAUGGCAGACAAGGCGCGCAUGGAGUACCUAAAUCUUCUGGAAAGACUCAGUCAAGGCACACCACAGUGUCGGAGCAUUGUUUGCAGUCUGAUCGCGACAGUCUACCCGAGCGUCACAUCUAGUGAACGGGCAAACCUUAUCAGUAUGUUCAAGGCGCUUUGUGCUGACGAGGAAAUCAUGGUGCGUCGGGCCGCAUGUGUAGCGAUGGGCGCAAAGCUUGCAGGCAUUCUCAGCCCCAAAACAGUGGUUGACCUUGUCCCCGUCCUGGUUAGCUUCUCCAAGGCCACCAGCGAUGGGGUUCGCCUCCAGGUAGUGCCUACCGCGGCGGCCGUCCUGAAGGUGCUGCCGGAGGUUCACCACGGCUCAGUUUUGGGUCUGAUCAAGGUCCUCUCGGCGGAUAACUCCUGGCGGGUACGCUAUAUGACCGCAGACUCCCUAGGGAUUCUUGCAGCUGCGAUGACGCCGCCAGACGUGGUGAGGUUUGCCAUUCCCAUCUUUCGCGCCCUUUGCCAGGAUACCGAGCCUGAAAUACGUGCCUCUGCUGUCUUCAACAUGGAGGGAAUGGUCACAGCCUGCCGCGAUUUGAAUGGAAAAAAGGACAUCCUCAUCACUGGGACACGUCUCAUAUCAGAUGAAAGUAGUCACGUCCGGAUGAGCUUGGCGAGUGCGGUGCUCAAAUCCGUGGCAAACGUCCCAAAAGAGCUCUGGGAUACUACCAUUAUUCCAACCUGUACUAGGCUUCUUAAUGACACGGAGGCCGACGUGCGCCUUGCGCUUGUUUCAGGCUUCAGCUCGAUCGGCAAUACCUCUGAGGCGAGGGACCUCGCGCCCAAGUUGGUCCCAGUCAUCAUCGCCCUCGCCUCGGAUCCGAAGUGGCGACUGCGAGAAACCGUUGUGUCGCAGGUGCCGUCCGUUAUCAGCGCACUGGGCCAAAACGCCGAGGAUAUUCUCGACGUCUGUAUUGAACGCCUAACCGACCGAGUCGCGACUAUCCGCGACACCGCAGCGCAGUCUUGCUGUCGCCUUGUAGGAGAGAACGGUCCCACGUGGGCCAUGCGUGUCCUCUUCCCGCGGCUUGAGCCCAUCGCCAAGGAUAAAAACUACCUUCACCGAGUUUCGCUUUGUCAUUUGUACGCAGGUCUGGCUGACGUUGCCGCUUUUGACAGCAGCACUUGUGAGACAGCUGUCUGGCCGAUUCUAGUGCAGCUCCGGGAUGAUCCGGUCGCGAAUGUUCGAUUGAACGUGUGCCGAGCGGUUCUGGCACUGCAUAACGCAAGAAAGGUUUCUUUUCGUGAGGCCCACAUUAUCUUGGACAAACUCAAGAGUGACGCUUCAGACGAUGUACGUGAAUUAGUGACCCAAAUCACUGAGAACGGAAAGGUACCUCCAAAUAGACUAAAAGGUGAGGCAUGA